AUGGUUUCUCACGUUGAGGACAAGGUUCUUCAUUCUGAGGACAAGGUUCUUCACCCUGGGAACAAGGUUCUUUUCUCUGAGGACAAGGUUCUUUAAUCUGAGGACGAGGUUCUUCUCUCUGAGGACGAGGUUCUUCUCUCUGAGGACAAGGUUUCUCACAGUGAGGACAAGGUUGCUCACUUUGAGGACAAGGUAACUCUUUCUGUGGACUAGGUUUCUCACUCUGCGGAGAACGUUCUUCACUCUGACGACAAGGUUCCUCACACGAAGGACAAGGCUCCUCACUCUGAGGAGAAGGUUUCUCACUCUGAGGAGAAGGUACCUCACACGGAGGACAAGGUUGCUAAGUCUGCGGACAAGGUUUGUCACUCUAAGAACAAGGUAACUCAUUUUGAGGACAAGGUUCUUCACUCUGAGGUCAAGGUUCUUUACUCUGAGGACAAGUUUCUUCAUUCUGAGGACAAGGUUCUUCGCUCUGAGGACAAGGUUCUUCAUUCUGAGGACAAGAUUCUUCACUCUGAGGUCAAGGUUCUUUACUGUGAGGACAAAGUUCUUCACUCUGAGGACAUGGUUCUUCACUCUGAGGACAAGGUUCUUCACUCUGAGGACAACGUUCCUCACCCUGAGGGGAAGGUUUUUCACUCUGAGGACAAGGUUUCUCACUCUGAGGACAAGGUUUCUCUCACUGAGGACAAGGUUCUUCACCCUGAGGACAAGGUUCCUCACUCUGAGGACAAGAUUCCUCACUCUGAGGACAUGGUUUCUCACGUUGAGGACAAGGUUCUUCAUUCUGAGGGCAAGGUUCUUCACCCUGGGGACAAGGUUCUUCUCUCUGAGGACAAGGUUCUUUAAUCUGAGGACGAGGUUCUUCUCUCUGAGGACGAGGUUCUUCUCUCUGAGGACAAGGUUCCUCGCACCCAGGACAAGGUUGCUCACUUUGGGGAGAAUGUUCCUCUUUCUGUGGACUAGGUUUCUCACUCUGAGGUGAACGUUCUUCACUGUGAGGACAAUGUUCCUCACACUGAGGACAAGGUUCUUCACUCUGAGGACAAGUUUCCUCGCACGGAGGACAAGGUUCUUCACUCUGAGGACAAGGUUCCUCACACUGAAGACAAGGUUCUUCAUUCUAAGGACAAGGUUCCUCAUUCUGAGGACAAGGUUUCUCACUCUGAGGACAAGUUUUUUCAACAUGAGGACAAGUUUUUUCAAUCUGAGGACAAGGUUUCUUACUUUGAGGACAAGGUUUUUCACUCUGAGGACAAGGUUUCUCAAUCUGAGGAGAAUGUUCCUCCCACUGAGGGCAAGGUUCUUCACCCUGAGGACAAGGUUCUUCACUCUGAGGACAAGAUUCCUCACUCUCAGGACAUGGUUUCUCACUUUGAGGACAAGGUUCUUCAUUGUGAGGACAAGGUUCUUCAUCCUGGGGACAAGUUUCUUCUCUCUGAGGACAAGGUUCUUUAAAAUGAGGACGAGGUUCUUCUCUCUGAGGACGAGGUUCUUCUCUCUGAGGACAAGGUUCCUCACACUGAGGACAAGGUUGCUCACUUUGAGGACAAAGUUCCUCUCUCUGUGGACUAGGUUUCUCACUCUGAGGUGAACGUUCUUCACUGUGAGGACAAUGUUCCUCACACUGAGGACAAGUUUCUUCACUCUGAGGGCAAGGUUCCUCACACGAAGGACAAGGUUCCUCACUCUGAGGACAAGGUUUCUCAAUCUGAGGACAAGGUACGUACCUCACACGGAGGACAAGGUUGCUCAGACUGAGGACAAGGCUUGUCACUCUGAGGACAAGGUAACUCAUUUUGAGGACAAGGUUCUUCAUUCUGAAAAGAAGGUUCUUUUCUCUGAGGACAAGUUUCUUCAUUCUGAGGAAAAGGUUCUUCACUCUGAGGACAAGCUUCUUCAUUCUGAGGACAAGGUUCUUCACUCUGAUGUCAAGGUUCUUUACUGUGAGGACAAAGUUCUUCACUCUGAGGACAUGGUUCUUCACUCUGAGGACAAGGUUCUUCACUCUGGGGACACGGUUCUUUAUUCUGAGGUCAAGGUUCUUCAUUCUUAGGACAAGGUUCCUCACCCUGAGGGGAAGGUUUUUCACUCUGAGGACAAGGUUUCUCACCCUGAGGACAAAGUUCCUCCCCUGAGGACAAGGUUCUUCACUCUGAGGACAAGGUUCCUCAUUCUGAGGACAAGAUUCCUCACUCUGAGGACAUUGUUUCUAACUUUGAGGACAAGGUUGUUCAUUCUGACGGUAAGGUUCUUCACCCUGAGGACAAGGCUCUUCUCUCUGAGGACAAGGUUCUUUACUCUGAGGACAAGGUUCUUCACUCUGAGGACAAGGUUUCUCACUCUGAGGCCAAGGUUCCUCACUCUGAGGACAAGGUUUCUCUCUCUGAGGACAAGGUUUCUCAAUUUGAGGGCAUGGUUCUUCAUUCUGAGGACAAGGUUUUUUAUUUUGUGGACAAGGUUCUUCACUCUGAGGACAAAGUUCUUCACACUGAGGAAAAGGUUCUUUACUGUGAGGUCAAGGUCCCUUACUCGGAAGACAAGCUUUCUCGCUCUGAGGACAAUGUUCCUCACUUUGAGGAAAGGUUCUUCCCUCUGAGGACAAGGUUCCUCACUCAGAGGACAAGGUUUCUCACUCUGAGGACAAAGUUUUUUACUCGGAGGACAAGGUUCUUCACUCAGAGGAGAAGGUCCCUCACUCGGGGGACAAGGUCCAUCACUCUGAGGACAAGGUUCCUCACCUCGAGGACAAGGUUCUUAACUCUGAGGACAAGGUUCUCAGUCUGAUGACAAGGUUUGUCUCUCUGAGGACAAGGUUCCUCACCCUGAGGACUAGGUUCUUCGUUCUGAGGACAAGGUUCUUCACUCUGAGGACAAGGUUCUUCACUCCGAGGACAAGGUUCUUUACUCUGAGGACAAAGUUCUUCACUCUAAAGACAAGGUUCUUCACUCUGAGGGCAAGGUUCUUCAUUCUGAAGUCAAGGUUCCUCACUCUCAGGACAAGGUUCUUCACUCUGAGGACAACGUUCCUCACCCUGAGGACAAGGCUCUUCACUUUGAGGGCAAGGCUCUUCACUCUGAGGACAAGGUUCUUUACUCUGAGGACAAAGUUCUUCACUCUAAAGACAAGGUUCUGCACUCUGAGGGCAAGGUUCUUCAUUCUGAAGUCAAGGUUCCUCACUCUCAGGACAACGUUCUUCACUCUGAGGACAACGUUCCUCACCCUGAGGACAAGGUUCUUCACUCUGAGGACAAGGUUCUUUACUCUGAGGACAAUGUUCUUCACCCUUAGGACAAGGUUCCUCACACUGAGAACAAGGCUUCUCAGUCUGAUGAUAAGGUUUCUCUAUCUGAAGACAAGGUACCUCACUUUGAGGACAAGGCUCUUCAUUCUGGAAAGAAGGUUCUUUACUCUGAGGACAAGGUUCUUCACUCGGAGGACAAGGUAUUUCACUCUGAGGACAAGGUUCUUCAUUCUGAGGACAAGGUUCUUCACUCUGAGGUGAAGGUUCUUCACUGUGAGGACAAAGUUCUUCACUCUGAGGACAUGGUUCUUCACUCUGAAGACAAGGUUCUUCAUUCUGAGGAGAAGGUUCCUCACUCUGAGGACAAGGCUUUUCAUUCUGAGGACCAGGUUCCUCACCCUGAGGACAAGGUUCUUCACUUUGAGGACAAGGUUCUUUGA